CGUUACGGUUAUACAAGUUGAGUAGAGUCUCGUGAUGGGUGUUGACCGCACGAUACGCCGAAUAGAAACCAGCAUCUAGAACCUGUUCCUAAUCCAAGUGUUUGGUAAAGGUAUUUACAUGUGGUUGCCUGUUGGUUGCAUCGCAUCGUAUUCCCUUUCUUCUGCAUCCCCGGUUUGACCUUAUGCGAGACAUACAUUCCUUGAGCCGCUGCAUCAUAUUUAGACAGCUGAUGCUCUGAUAUUGAGAAUUUGUUCAUUGGGCUCGUUGGAACCAGCAUAGAUGCGUGGCCUGCCGGGAGUCUGAUGGAAUAACCGCCAUAAUGGAACUCUCCAAGGUCGCCAUCAUCGCCGCACCAACCAAGGAGCCCCGAGCAGUGACCAACCCGAGUUCUAGCAUAAUCACAAUAUUUGUGCCCACUCUAGUGGUCAUUCUCCGAUGCCAGCGAGUCCUCGCUGCAGCAUCCCUAUCUCUUCAUAUCAAAGUCAGCUGGUUCGCCUGGCAACUCUCCCAGGUACUCCGAAUUUUCGCUAGCCAAGUAUAUUCGACUUCAAAGCUUUUUCGAUACUACACGGCGAUCCUGGGAAGAACGAUAUGGAAGACGAAGUCUGUCCAGCGUCUGAGGAAGAAGAUUGUUUUCGAGCUCUUCACGUUGAUGCUUGGCUCUUCUGGCAACUCGCUGUGCCUACUCCUAUUCUGGCCUGGAUGGUGGUUUCUGGGAAUAACCUGGCUGAUCAUUCGCUGGCUAACUGGCUAACUGGCUAGUCAUUUUCGUUCCACCAAGAAAUACACCUCAGCCUUGACCCAAAGCACCGCGCAGAGAGAAGUGGAAUCAAGUCACCAAUCAGUUAGCAACGCUUGC